AUGAGUUUACUAAGCUACUCUCCUGCUAAAGAAGAGGUCUGCUGGACGGAGAAAGGAUCUAUCGUGAAAGACGAGAGGGAAGAGGAGGCUGUUACCGUCAAAAAAGAAGUUAAGGACGAGGCUGUUACAGUGAAAGAGGAGGAGGAUGAGGAGGAUGAGGAUUUUACUGUCACAGUGAAAGAAGAGGAAGACGUUUUUGGAGUGGAGGAGGAAGAGGGGGAGAUUACUGUCACAUUGGAAGAAGCAGAACAGAAGACUGGAGAUCUGAUUAACACCAGUAAAUACAGAGAGAAACCAGACUCUCACUCUGACAGCGGGAAGAGUCCUUCAGGGAAUCCAGACCCAGAGAUUCCCAAACCAGCGACACAACACAACUGCUCCCAGUGUGGAACGAGUUUUAAGUGGUUAUGUAAGCUCAAAGAGCAUGAGAAAACACACACAGGAGAAAAGCUCUUCCAAUGCUCCCAGUGUGAAAAGAGAUUUACCCGGUUAGGAAAUCUGAAAAGGCAUGAAGGAAUAAUACACACCGGAGAAAAACCCUACCACUGCUCUCAGUUAGGGUAUCUGCAAAACCAUGAGAAAAUACACUCUGGAGAGAAGCCUUACCCCUGUUCCCACUGUGGAAAUAGUUUUACACGGUUAAGGCACCUGAAAGAGCAUGAGAGGAUACACACAGGAGAGAAGCCUUUCCAAUGCUCCCAGUGUGGAAAGGGUUUUAUAGCGUUAGGGCGCCUGAAAGCGCAUGAGAGAAUACACACAGGAGAGAAGCCUUUCCAAUGCUCCCAGUGUGGAAAGAGUUUUACACGGUUGGGGAACCUGAAUGAACAUCAAACAAUACACACAGGAGAGAAGCCUCACCAUUGCUCCCACUGUGGAAAGAGUUUUGGCCGGAUAGGGAGCCUUAAAGAGCAUGAAAGGACACAUACGGGAGAAAAGCCUUUCCAAUGUUCCCAGUGUGGAAUGAGUUUCACCCAUUUAGUGAACCUGAAAAAUCAUGAAGUAAUACACACAGGAGUGGAGAAGACCUACCACUGCUCUCAGUGUGGAAAGAGUUUUACCCAGUUAUGGAACCUGAACAAACAUAAGAGAAUACACUCUGGAGAGAAGCCUUACCUCUGUUCCCAUUGUGGAAAGAAUUUUAGGUGGUCAUGGGACCUGAAGGAGCAUGAGAGGACACACACACGGGAGAAAUCUUAACAUUGCUCCUUAUGCGGAAAGGAUUUUACAAAGUUAGGAAACCUAAAAGAGCAUAAGAAGUAACACACAGGAGAAAAGCCUUACCAAUGCUCCCUGUGUGGAAAUACUUUUACCCAAUUAGGAGGCCUGAACUAUCAGAAGAGGACACACACACACAAAAAUACCUACCACUGUUCUCAGUGUCAAAAGACAUUUACCCGGUUAGGGAACCUGAAAAAACAUGAGAGAAUACACACACUCAGGUGAGGAUAAGACCGUCCACUGCUCCCAGUGUGGAAACAGUAUAGGUCAGUUAUGGAACCUGAAAGAGCAUAAAAAACACAUACAGCAGAGAAGCCUUAAGACUGCUCUAGUUGUGGAAAGACAUUUUCCCAGUCAGAGGACCUGAAAUCACAUGACAGAAUAGAGGCUGUGUUGUGAAAUGUGUGUUUUAUUUAUGCCACAUGAAAUCAUAUUGUUUAAAUGAAAUCAUAUAUUGAUGGAACACAAUUAUGAACCCUUUAGGUGUUCAUUUAAUAUGAUUUGGAUAUUUUCAAAUGUUAAUUAUAAAUGGAUGAGUAGAAUGUGUAUUUUCUUUAUUCUAAGCUUAACCUCUCAUGGGCGUGGCCAAAGAGCUCUAUUUUCAUGUCAUCAGACCACGCCACCGAUUCUAAUCCAAGUGCCAAUGCCGUUUAGCAAACUCCAUUCGUUUACAAUUUGUUGGAUGACGGUAGUGCGUUUUGGCAUCAAAAUAAGGAUGCAGGAGCAGAAAAGAACCCCAAACCUACUGUCAAAUAUGGUGGUAGAUCUUUGAUGUUAUGGGGCUAUUCUGCUUCCACUGGUCCUGGGGCCCUUGUUAAGGUCAAUGGCAUCAUCAACUCUACCAAGUACCAGAACAUUUUAGCCAAAACACCUGUUUGCCUCCGCCAGGAGGCUGAAACUUGGCCUCAAGUGGAUCUUCCAGCAAGACAAUAUGUCCAAACAAACAUCAAAAUCCAUAAAGAAAUUACACUCUGUUCUCUCUGAGCUGUGCAGCUUUCCCAGUACUGCCGCGCAGAAGAAAUACCAGCCCGCGUAGAGAUGCACGAGAUUGAACUUCACUCAACUUUUUACUUUACCCCGUUAGUUAACACUAUCAACGUUUCCGCUCUACUGUGGGGAUUGUGAUUAAAUCAACCGAAUAUUAGCCCCUUUCAAUGCAACAUACCAGAACAAUCAAACUAUGCAAGACUUAGUCUGUGAUUUUGUUUUAGGCAGAGAGCAUCGGAGGAGGAUUCAGUUGCACUGAAAAGACAGGAGCGGCCGUGAGUAGAUGUACUUAUUUUGAGAUCAAAGCAUGUAGCCGCACAUUUGUUCAUAUUCUUUGCUAGUUAUUGAGUUAUUAGCCCAGUGCUAGCUCAUUUCUGGAUCAGCCAUGGCGAGUGAUGGCUUCCUACGUGUACAUUUCUAGCCAUCUUUGAAAUGCAAGUAAGAUAAAAUAGCUUUUUUUAUAUCUUAAAGGGAGGCUUGAAUAAGCCAAAGUAGCCAAUAGGCUGUAAUAUAUGGGUAUGGGAAUAAUAAUGAGUUUUAUUUUUUUGAGGGAACAUUGCUCUGGUGAGAAGCCUUACCAUUGCUCCUAAUGUGGAAAGAGUUUUAACCAGUUUAGACCAUUUUAAAAUUACACGAGAGGACACAGGAGAAAAUCCCUACCACUGCUCCCAGUGUGAAGCUUUUCACCCAGUUACAGUAUCUAAAAUCACAUGACAGGACACACACAGGAGAAUCUACCACGGCUCUCUGUAUGGAAAGGGAUUUAACCGGUUAAGACAUCUGAAUAAGCAUGAAAGAAUACAUACACAGGAGGAGAAGACAUACCACUGUUCUCAUUGCGGAAAGACAUUUUCCCAGUCAGAGGACCUGAAAUCACAUGAGAGAAUAGAGAGGCUGUGUUCUGACUUAUGUUUUUGACUGAGAAUUAGUGUUUUUGUUUAUGCCACAUGAAAUCAUAUUGUGGACAUCUGUUAUUUCAAUCUGCUAUGGACAGAUUAUCCAAUAUCUGCUGUGGAGCUUUGCAGCUCCAUCAGGGUUAUCUUUGGUCUCUUUGUCAAUUAAUGCCCUCUUU